AUGACAGCCACAAGAUUAGCAACGGAAACCCAGAAGGGGGUCCAACCCCCAAAGAAGCAGCCAAUGAUCUAUAUAUGUGGAGACUGUCACCCCCAAAAUGAAAUCAAAUUCAGGGAUCCAGUCAGAUGUAGACAGUGUGGAUACAGAAUAAUGUACCAGAAAAGGACAAAAAGAUUGGUAGCUUUUGAUGUUCGAUGA